ACCAUCCACCGAAUCUUCUCUUUUCUUCAACUGUAACAACAGAAAAGAUGCUCUCUCUUUACCCAACUCCCAAUGCCACUUCCCUCAGCUCACCAACCUCCUUCUCACCUCGCUCAACCAGGUUCAGAAUGUCGCACGGUUCUCUUCCUCCUCUCCCCGAAAACCGAAUCGUCCUCAGCGUCGGCACGGUGGUCGUCGAUUUCUUGGCCGCCGUGGCCUCUUACCCUAAUCCGGACGACAAAAUCAGAACCACCAGCUUAAAGGUUCAAGGAGGUGGAAACGCGGGUAAUGCUUUGAUUUGUGCAGCUCGUUUGGGCUUAAGUCCGAGACUGAUUUCCAAGGUUGCAAAUGAUACACAAGGCAGGGGCAUACUGGAGGAGCUACAAGCCGACGGCGUAGAUACUUCUUCUGUUGUGGUUUCCGAGGAGGGUAAUUCACCAUUUACCUACAUUAUUGUUGACAAUGAAACGAAAACUCGCACUUGUAUUCAUACUCCAGGAUAUCCUCCCAUGAUACCAAGCGACCUUUCCCAAACAAGUUUAUCAUCUGCAUUGGAUGGAGCAAGAGUGCUUUAUUUAGAUGGACGAAUACAUGAAACUGCUUUACUUGUUGCACAGGAGGCUGCUCGCAAGAAUGUACCUAUAUUAGUUGAAGGUGAACGGAUAAGAGAAGGGCUGGAUGAUCUUCUAAAACUAGCUGAUUAUGCUAUAUGCUCAGCGAAAUUUCCACAGGCAUGGACAGAAGCAGCAUCGGUUCCAAGUGCUCUUGUUUCGAUUCUUGUGAGAUUGCCAAAGAUUAAAUUUGUGAUUGUGACAUUGGGUGAAGAUGGAUGCAUAAUGCUUGAGAGAAGUGUGAAUGAGGCUCCUCAGACAGAAGAAAUGGAUGUUGAUAGCUUGCUAGAAUUGCUGAAGCAGAGAAAAGAUGAUAACUUUGCUAUCCCGACAUGUGUUUCAUCGCCUCUGACAAAAUUGAGAGCCAACGGGGUAGGGACGGUUUGUGGGAGGUUGUUUGUGGGAACAGCUGAGAAAGUACCACCCUCAGAACUUCAAGAUACAACAGGUGCUGGAGAUAGUUUUAUCGGAGCAGUUCUCUAUGCUAUUUGCUCCAACAUGCCGCCAGAGAAAAUGCUGCCAUUUGCUGCUCAAGUGGCAGCUACCUGCUGUAGGGCUGUUGGAGCUCGAACUGGUCUUCCACACCGCACAGAUGCACGCCUGGCAUCAUUUUUAUCCUAAAAAUUCCCAGGAGGUCCUGCAUGAUUGGCAUAGUUAACUGGAAGGGUGAAAUUUUAGCCUAGAAAUUAAGCUAUUUCCUCGCAUGAGUUAUUAAUUUUGUAAACCACUGUCUCUUGGCGUAGAAGAUUUCCUUGUAAUGGGCAGACAAUUUGAUAAGCGUAUCUCCUCAUUCCAGU